AUGAGCGAACUUGAAGUAAGUCUUUCGGAACAAAUCUUUUUAGGCACGGUUCUAAAUUUGAUAUGAAUAAUUGAGCUGAAAUUCAUCAGCUACUGCGGGGUAACCGCGUACUAUUUACAAACCGUUAAGAGGCAGUCAUUAGUAUAGAACUCUGUAAUUAUUUAAAGUACUUACAACACAGGCAUUAGCUAAAGGUCCAGACACACGUGUUUCGCCGAUCUUGUUCCACUGUCGGACGCAACUGCGAGGAGGUUCGGCUCAUCAGUGGGUCCCCCAGCUUUACUGGAGUUCAUGUACCAUAAAACACCCGGGGAAAGCUGGGGGACCCACUGCUGAGCCGAACCCCUCGCAGCUGCGUCAGGCAGCGGCGAUAGUUCAAACGUCGUGUUCGACGAUGUCCACCGUGUGCUCCACUGCAAGGUGAGAGCAGGUGCCGUGACUUGUGCAUGAAUAGUAGACUUGCGCAGCGUCCACUGCAACUUCAACCACACUUCAACAACUUAGAGCCCACUCCAGGAAAUAUAUACAUGCAGUUCCUCAAUUAUCCGAUCACUGCUCCAGUUAUUCAUUUGCUAAAACAGCACCACUACGUCUUAAAAAUGCCGCCAAAAUACGCCUGCAAGCUGAACAGACUUUUCGUCUUGAUUUAGGGCAUUUAAACUCGAAUCUUGCGGGAUCAUGACCUAUAAUAGUCGCCUCGGUAGUAGCCCUUGUGUAAACUCGCAAACAGCAUGCAAACGUUAGGGCUUAUUUCGUAUCAAUGAGUCUUUAAGUGGGACUUUUGCUUUUUAAAUUUAUGACUUAGUGUAGAAACGCACAACAGCCUCAUAUGCCUUCAACUCUCCUUGAUUUUCUUGCCCUGACCUGCCGCGAAUUCGAAGUCUUCGCCGGUUAUCUAAGUGCAACCUUCACGGAAGCUGGCUUGGAAGCGGUCCUAGGGCUUAUUAUCAACUAGUACAUCCAGAGGCUUGUAAAGCACGUCUGCUUAAUUAGGACAACAGUCGCCUGACCAAUAUUUACUGCAAUGCGUUUUUUUCCACCUAUUUGGGCCUUUGUAACUUUAAGUUUGACCACUGAUGAGGUUACUUGUAGGUCGCGCGAAAUAAUAUGCCCCACUCCCAAUUGUAUUCACCAUAUUUGAUUCGCCCGUUAGCUUAGACACCCGCCAAUAAUUGCAAACAACAAGAUUAGAAUUUAGGAUGAAAAUCUAUAAAUUAACUGAGCUUACACCUUUCCCAGCAUCCUCAUUAAUAUUGCUCUAACGCACUGGUUAACCGCCGCCACAACCACCACCAUUCCUGCCACAACUCCCGUGACGAUGGCUGAGAUGACUACCACCCCGCUCACUACCGGUGAGGACACUCCCGACAUCUCCUCAACCACUGCCCUCAUCCCCCACCGUCCAUGCCAACAGCAAUGGGAGCUAGACUCUAACCUGUGCCCAUUGCGAUCUCACAUUCGCAUCCCACAUCGGCGUGGUCGGUCACUUGAGAAUCCAUUGCACUGAGUCUGGCGAAUUAGUGCCUGGAUCACCACACGACAGUUCGACCGUGUCGACGAUGUCCACCGUGUGCCCCACAGACUGCAUUGUGGGAGCAGGGACGGUGACUUACGCAGGGGUUUAUAGUGCCAGUAGACUUGCUUAGCAUCUACCUACACUCUCUCCUCCUCCCCCGCCUGAGCCCGGUGUCAAGACAGAGUCAAGAAGACCGGAGACGGGGGAGGCCGCAGGUGGAUGGCUCGGACGGAUCCUCACCUUGGCGAUCCACUCCGCACCCCCUGGUCCACACACAAAUGACCAGGAGCUGACCACAAAACAAUGGGGUGGCGGCAGUGGUCCAGUUGAACGACGAAUGCCGACAACAGGGUCCGCCAGCGCACCCCGCAAAUGUUGGCAUUUGUUAUUGCGCACAGAUAACGCCUGCCAGAGUCCGAUGUGGCCCCCGUGUUGGUCCAGCGCAUCUAAUACGUGGCCCGUUUAGAGGGCACACACACACACCGGUCAAACGGGCCUCCGCUGUCCCAACUGCUGGUGAUACAGGUCUACUCGGCCGCAUGCGCACCCAUAAAGACCUGCAGUAAAACACCGCCAGUCAGACCCCGUCACCUCAUAUCUCCUCAGCCAGCCCAAACACCAAGACGAAAUCAUUCCUCGUCAGACACCACAAGCAUGGAACCAGCAUCUAUCACGUAGGUGGAAAUCGUGCUCUUUGGCCCUUGCUCGAUGUGGCCCCUCAGAUACUCUAGCACAUCGGAGAUCCAAGCAAUCCACCUCCUUGUGUGAGGGACUGCUUUUAGCUCUGUCAGCCGUUGCGUCCAACCUUAACAUUAGCUGGUUGAACGACUCAGACAACCUCCUGGUGCGCGAGGGGAGGGAAAUAUAAUUAUGUCGACUCUCAGCGCAUAUUCGUUGCUAUAAACAAUCUGAUAGGCUUAAAUCUAUCACGGGACUGUAAGAUCAGUGGUUUGGAAGACUGCCAGCUAAUGAGAUACCUCGUCCCCCCCCCUCCCGUUCAAGACGGAGAGUCAAGCUUCAAUGGCUCCCACUUUCUGCGCCCCCCUACGGUACUAUCAUUUUGCUGGGAUAUGAGUCGUCCAUUUCUUUUGUUUGCGUGAAAACCUAGUUCAUUGUGCGAGGACCAGGCCUUAUCAGAUUGCACACCAUAACAAAUGUCAACAUUUCAUAAGUGCGUUGGCAGACCCGGUUGUCGGCAAAUGUCGUGCACACUGGGACACCAUCUGCACCCCCCCCCCAAAAUUGUUAUUGUUGGUCAAAAAGCCUGGUCAUUUGCUGGCUGUGUGAACCAGAGGAUGUAGAGUGGAGCGCCAUGGUGCGGGAUCGAUCGUGUCAUCAGCCUGCGUCCUCUCCCGCCUCCGGUAUUCUUGACUCUGUUUUGACACCGGGUCCAGGUGGGGGAGGAGAAGAAGGAGGAGGAGGAGGAGGAGGAGGAGGGGGAGGAGGGGGAGGAGGAGGAGCAGGAGGAGGAGGGAGUGCGGUGGAUGCUGUGCAAGUCUUCUAUCACUACAAACUCAUUCACGCGCAAGUCACCGUACCUGCUCCAUCUUGCUGUGGAGCACAUGGUGGAGAUCGUCAGCAACUACGGUCGAACUGACGUGAGUGUGGCACUCGUUCAUGGGUCAUUUAAUUUUAUCGGUCAUUGCGUCUGA